AUGGCUAUCAAAUGGGGUGCAUUCUUUACGCCUUUCGGCUGUCGCUCAGAGCUUCCGACCUACGCCUUCCAACGCGAGCCCAUCCAAGUCGCCACACGGCCACCUCGAUGGCAGACCGGCACCAGCACGACCAAACGGCCCACUCGAUCCUGGGAUCUUCACUAUGCGUUGACUGUCACUGCCCCGGGCCAGCACGCCGAAAUCGUGCUGGGCAUGGCUCGACCUCGGCGUGGUAAUGUGCGUUAA